CACGCGGAUUUGCAUGAAACACAGACUGGGAGCGGGCGGGAGCGGGAGCGCGGCGCACGCCCCGGGCCGGCCCAGCCAGCGAGCUAGCGAGCGGCGAGCCGGGAGGAGGAGGGUGGCGGCGCGGUGAGGCCGCAGAGGCGGAGGGAUCUGCGCAUCAAAGCUAGCGAGGCGAGCGAAGUUUGGCCGGGGGUUGGACUUUCCUUCCCGGAGGCGGCACCCAAACAGCUACCCCGUGCGGAAACCCAAACUUCUGCUGCCACUUGGAGUCUCGCGGCCGCCGCCUCCGCCCCGCGUUCGGGGCCUUCCCGACCCGGCACUGCUGCCGUCCGCCCGCCCAGCCGCUCUUCUCUUCGCCGUGGGAGCCGCUCCGGGCGCAGGGCCGCGCGCCGAGCCCCGCAGGCUGCAGCGCCGCGGCCCGGCCCGGCGCCCCGGCAACUUCGCCGAGAGUUGAGGCGAAGUUUGGGUGACCGCGGCAGGCCCCGGCCGAGCUCCCCUCUGCGCCCCCGGCGUCCCGUCGAGCCCAGCCCCGCCGGGGGCGCUCCUCGCCGCCCGCGCGCCCUCCCCAGCCAUGUCGUCCAUCCUGCCUUUCACUCCCCCGAUCGUGAAGCGCCUGCUGGGCUGGAAGAAGGGCGAGCAGAACGGGCAGGAGGAGAAAUGGUGCGAGAAGGCGGUCAAGAGCCUGGUCAAGAAACUCAAGAAGACGGGGCAGCUGGACGAGCUGGAGAAGGCCAUCACCACGCAGAACGUCAACACCAAGUGCAUCACCAUCCCCAGGUCCCUGGAUGGCCGGUUGCAGGUGUCCCAUCGGAAGGGGCUCCCUCAUGUCAUCUACUGCCGCCUGUGGCGAUGGCCGGACCUGCACAGCCACCACGAGCUGCGGGCCAUGGAGCUGUGUGAGUUCGCCUUCAAUAUGAAGAAGGACGAGGUCUGCGUGAAUCCCUACCACUACCAGAGAGUAGAGACACCAGUUCUACCUCCUGUGUUGGUGCCACGCCACACAGAGAUCCCGGCCGAGUUCCCCCCACUGGACGACUACAGCCAUUCCAUCCCCGAAAACACUAACUUCCCCGCAGGCAUCGAGCCCCAGAGCAAUAUUCCAGAGACCCCACCCCCUGGCUACCUGAGUGAAGAUGGAGAAACCAGUGACCACCAGAUGAACCACAGCAUGGACGCAGGUUCUCCAAACCUAUCCCCGAAUCCGAUGUCCCCAGCACAUAAUAACUUGGACCUGCAGCCAGUUACCUACUGCGAGCCAGCCUUCUGGUGCUCCAUCUCCUACUACGAGCUGAACCAGCGCGUCGGGGAGACAUUCCACGCCUCACAGCCAUCCAUGACUGUCGAUGGCUUCACCGACCCCUCCAAUUCGGAGCGCUUCUGCCUAGGGCUGCUCUCCAAUGUCAACAGGAAUGCAGCAGUGGAGCUGACGCGGAGACACAUCGGAAGAGGCGUGCGGCUCUACUACAUCGGAGGGGAGGUCUUCGCAGAGUGCCUCAGUGACAGCGCUAUUUUUGUCCAGUCUCCCAACUGUAACCAGCGCUAUGGCUGGCACCCGGCCACCGUCUGCAAGAUCCCACCAGGAAAGGCCCCCCUCUCCACACCAUCUCCCUAUUCUCGGAAGCCCACUUUGAAGACUUCUCCCUGCUCUGGGAGUUGGAGCUUGUGGGCCAGCCUUCCAUCUCCCCUUGCAGGAUGCAACCUGAAGAUCUUCAACAACCAGGAGUUCGCUGCCCUCCUGGCCCAGUCUGUCAACCAGGGCUUUGAGGCUGUCUACCAGUUGACCCGAAUGUGCACCAUCCGCAUGAGCUUUGUCAAAGGCUGGGGAGCAGAAUACAGGAGACAGACUGUGACCAGUACCCCCUGCUGGAUCGAGCUGCACCUGAAUGGGCCUUUGCAGUGGCUUGACAAGGUCCUCACCCAGAUGGGCUCCCCAAGCAUCCGCUGUUCCAGUGUGUCUUAGAGACAUUAAGUAUGGUAGGGGAGGGCGGGCUUGGGGAAAAUGGCCAUGCAGGAGGUGGAGAAAAUCGGAACUCUACUCAACCCAUUGUUGUCAAGGAAGAAGAAAUCUUUCUCCCUCAACUGAAGGGGUGCACCCACCUGUUUUCUGAAACACACGAGCAAACCCAGAGGUGGAUGUUAUGAACAACUGUGUCUGCCAAACACAUUUACCCUUUGGCCCCACUUUGAAGGGCAAGAAGUGGCGUCUGCUCUGGUGGCUUAAGUGAGCAGAACAGGUAGUAUUACACCACCGGCCCCCUCCCCCCAGACUCCUUUUUUGAGUGACAGCUUUCUGGGAUGUCACAGUCCAACCAGAAACACCCCUCUGUCUAGGACUGCAGUGUGGUGUUCACCUUGGAAGGGCGUUCUAGGUAGGAAGAGCCCACAGGGCCAUGCAGACCUCAUGCCCAGCUCUCUGAUGCUUGUGACAGUGCCUCUUCCAGUGAACAUUCCCAGCCCAGCCCCACCACUCCAGCAGACCUUGCCCCUCGUGAGCUGGAUAGACUUGGGAUGGGGAGGGAGGGAGUUUGUCUGUCUCCCUCCCCUCUCAGAACAUACUGAUUGGAAGGUGCGUGUUCAGCAGAACCUGCACGCAGGACAGCGGGAAAAAUUGAUGAGCGCCACCUCUUUAAAAACUCACUUACGUUUGUCCUUUUUCACUUUGAAAAGUUGGAAGGAUCUGCUGAGGCCCAGUGCGUAUGCAAUGUAUAGUGUCUAUUAUCACAUUAAUCUCAAAGAGAUUCGAAUGACGGUAAGUGUUCUUAUGAAGCAGGAGGCCCUUGUCAUGGGAUGGCAUUUGGUCUCAGGCAGCACCACACUGGGUGCGUCUCCAGUCAUCUGUAAGAGCUUGCUCCAGAUUCUGAUGCAUACGGCUAUAUUGGUUUAUGUAGUCAGUUGCAUUCAUUAAAUCAACUUUAUCAUAUGCUCUUUUAAA